AUGCCAAACUCUUUCUCAUCACCGCCAUUACGACAAUCUAGAUCACCAGGCAGUAGAUCUACUUCAAGCUUAUCAUUCCAUUCGGUAGAUACACCACCACUCCCUCAAUGGGAUACUCCCACAUCCCCGUAUACAUCAAUGACUCGAUCAUCAAAAUACGUACCCUCACCUCAUAGGGCGGCACCUCCUGUACCGCCUUUACCAUCAUCUUCUCCAGCUACGGGAUCGUUUGGUGUCCCGUUUUCAUCCGCGUCAGCAUCCGCAUCACCAAUCGUCCGAUCGGCUUCUUCCUCGUCGUCCUCUUCCACUGCAUCUUCUUCUUCUACAACUUCACAGAGGCUUUCAACUCCACCUCCUCCCGUGAGGACACGUCGUACUUCCAGAUCCAGCUCAAAACUACUUCCUGCCCUUCCUUUAUCAAUCGCUACCACUCCCGAACAUCACCACUCGCCCUACGCCUCACCAGCUGGCAGUGUCAGAUCCAAAAGAGUAGCGGUGGAUUAUACUUCAGACGGGAUAGGUCUUGGAAUAGGUCUCUCAGAUGAAGUGCAGAUAGUCGUCAGUAGAGAAGGUAGAAGAUCAAGAGCUGUUUCAGUAUCUUACGGAAGUAGAUCGAAUGCCAGUUCAGAAGAUAUGGCCUGUCUACCCACUCCACCGAUAACGGGCUCUUCACCUUCCCCAUCCUCGAUGUAUGAUAGAACACCUAGUAGAUCGUCAAGCAGACCCACGGUCACCGUCCCUGAUUCCGGCGGUACACCACCUAGACCAGCUAGAAGAGCUACAUCAGCUUAUCCUUCGCCUGCUUCUGCAUCUGCCUCAGCAUCGAAUUCGAGACGAUCACCAUUACUUGCACCGAGACCGAUCUCGCUGACACCUCAGUCCCAAUCCGAUCUGGUCCCACCCCAGACUAGCUUUUCAAGAAGCAUUUCACCUUCAGGUGACUCGAUUUCCACAAUCACUGUUUCGCCGGCUUCGACACCUCGACCCUUCUUCACUGAUAUCUCUUCGAAGCCUUGUGUCACUACUGCUCCAGAGUCUUGCUCAGCCUUAGCUUCGGCUCUGGAGGAACCGUCUUCCUCUGUUCCACUGGGAGGUAGAAAGCGGGAUUCUGCCCAGAGAAGGUUAUCGGCUUUGAGGGGUUUAGUGGCUAAUUUGGAUUUCAAUCAACCUUGGUCAUUCAGCCCCAACACCCUCUCUGAAGAGACCCUCUUUUCGCCUCAGUCUGAAUUCGAAGAAACACAAGAAGAUAAUCAGGAGGUAUCAUACUUCUGGACAGAUAGUACCGAUCAUCAGGAUUUUGGUGCCGAACCACCAUCACAGGGCUCAGACGAAUCGUUCAUCAUGACUUCUUCAUCUGAAGAAGUCUUGGCUAGUCCCGUUCAUUCCAUCUCUCAUCCAAUCCGGUAUGCUCGGUAUGACUCAGUCAAAACGGUCAUCCAACCUGAUAUUGCUGAAUCUCACGGAUGGCCCGAACCUAAACCUCAACCUCAGCAACCUAUUAGGCAGAUAGGUAAUUCGCCCAGUACACUCACACUCGACUCACCUCGAAUCGACUUUACCCCUGUCCGACGAAAUUCUGCAUCAAGCAAACAACCUAAUUCUACUCCACCCAGAAGACCUAGACAAUUCAGAUCAUCUUCCGAAUUACUUUCACGUACGCCUGAACCACCCCGACCAGUCACUCGAGCAAGGAAAGAAGUAUUCGAAGUAGCUUCUUCAGGAUAUUCUAAAUCGCUUGAACCUGUUUCCCCCAUCUUACCAGUCACUCCCACAUCAACUUGGAGAUCCUCUUUACCCAAUGACGAAAUUUAUAAUCGUCUUUUAGAAAACUAUGGACCUAUGGAGAUCAAACGACAAGAGAUUAUUUGGGAAAUGUGCGAAACUGAACAUACAUUUAUCAAAUCGAUGAGAACCGUCUUAAGACUUUUCGCUACUCCUCUCAAGACUCCGCAGGGAAAUUGGAUUGAUGGUAUCCCAGGUAAAAUUACGGAUUUGUUUGACUCGUUGGAAUGUAUUGCCCAUGCUCAUGGCGUGAUAUCGGCAACUGAAAGAGAUAUGAGAAGGAGAUCUGAUAUUUUGGAUGUAGCCAACUUCGUCUCGACGUUCAAAGCUUGGGUGUCGAGAUUGGAAGUACAUGAGUGGUAUUUAAUACGAUUUGAGAGUGUCGUCAGUCUUGUGGAAGAGAAUGUAAGAGAUCCGGAUAGUGUUUUUGGAGAGUUUGUGAGAAUGCAGAUGAAGGAGGAAGUUCUAGGGUCGAUGAGUUUGGGUAGUAUGUUGUUGAAACCUGUUCAGAGGUUGACCAAGUAUCCUCUGUUUUUAAAGCGAUUACUCGAUGCUACACCUCAUCCCCACCCGGUCCACCCCGAGAUACUUUCCCUACUCUCUACGACGGAAUCGAUCAUACUCAAUUUACAAGCUACGAAAGCCCGUGAAGAAGAUUUUGAACAACUUCAAGCGUUGGAAACGCGCUUGAUUGGUUUACCCGAGAAUUUCCAUUUGGCAAUCAGAGGACGAAAGCUGUUAGGACAAGGGCAAGUCGUCCGUGUUCCACCUUCUAAAGAUUUAUCAUCUGCGUUCGGCGCUAGAGCUAGAGCAGGUUCGAUGCAUUCUUCAAGAGGAUCAAUCUCAUCUUCCGUAUCGUCCUCUGCACCAUCCACCGUAUCUUCCAUGUCUCCCUGGGAUUUCUCAGCUUCGUUGACUCCUUCUAGGACCAGUGCAUUUUCAGUAUCGUCUAAUGGAUCUUCUCUUUAUUCUGGUCCGCCAUCUAGAUCAAAUAGUAUUACCAAACCUUCCUCGUCGUUCUCCUCUUCACCUUCUCGACCAUCUAUAAAUCGAUCGCCAUCUUCCACUUCGAGCUUUAUGGAUAAUAAUUCGUAUUAUGCAUCUUCGAGACCUAGUACACCCAGUUCGACGAAGAAUAGGAAGAAAGAGGAAGUAUUGACGUUGUUGGUAUUUGACGAUCUCGUGAUACUUGGACAGAGCGUACAGGAGAAGAGUGGAUUGUUCGGUGUAGGAUCAAAUAAGAAGAAGGGCUCCUCGACGUUGAGGGUCUUAGGGGAGAUGGAAGGUGGGAUAGGAAAGGUGGUAGAAGUGAAGGAUUGGAGUGGAUGGAAUGGAUACUCGAACUUGUUCAGUUUGACUUUAAUACCUAUUUCGCACUCUGCUCGAUAUCCUUCAAAUCCCAUUACGACGGCAUUCACUCUCCCCUCAUAUCAUUCAAAUGGUACGGGUAUGGGAGUCUUGUCAACUUCACCCUCAUUGAGAUCACUUAAAUCAUCAACAACUUCUUCAUCGUCAUCGACGUCGUCUCAUUCAGGUUCGAACAAUUCGAACAUCCAUGGAGGAUUAGCCAAUCUCAAUUGUCCGAUAUUGAAUAGUAUGAGUACGAUACUUGGAAUGUUAGGACAGGUGUCAACCUCCGGUAUGGGACCGGGAAGAGGAAGUGAGUAUGUGAUUGAGGAGAAAGAGGUGUUAGCUGGUGAUUUGGUGAAAGAAAUUCCUGAUGAAGAAGAAGAAGGGGAUGGAGAGGUACAUGAGUUGUAUAGGGAGAUGCAGGGUGAAUGGUCAGGGAUGGGAAUGGGGUAUGCGACGUAG